AUGUGUCUAAACUCCUUCAAGGCAUGGAAGUUGUGGAAAGAAGAAAGAUGGCUUGAGUUCGUUGACGAAUCAAUAGUUUCAGAGUCACAUGCAUCAGACACAAUGAGGUGUAUCAACAUCGCAUUGCUGUGUGUACAAGAGAAUGCAGCUGAUAGACCCACCACAAUAAGCAUGGUUACAAUGCUAAGCAGCGAAAGUAUACCCCUGCCUGAACCUAAGCAUCCAGCAUAUUUCCACGUAAGGGUAACGGAUGAAGAGCCACCUAGCGCUAACGAUGUGACAAUGUCUGCUCUACAGGGCAGAUAA